AGAAAAUACAAGCCUGUCGCUUUAAAAGUCCGCCCGGUACUAGCCGACCUUCCCGACAAAUUUCGCAUCGUCCGCAACAUUCGAGGCGACCCCCUUGCAGACCUACCAACCCUCACGCCCAACCCCCCUCCAUUCAAACCGACUGGACGAUAUACCUCCGAACGACGCGACCUGAUCAACCAAGUACACUCCUCCGACUUCCUCUGGCCGGCAGAG